UUUACCACUUCAGUUGUUCCGACGCCGCAUGCGUGUGCGCAUCGACGUAAACAUGAAGCUCUAUAUUGUAUUGUUUACAUUUUUCAUCUUAAUACAAUGCAGCCAAAGUCGAUACACUGAUUGGUUACCACAAAACUUAGUGACUACGUUUACAAAUAAGACAACACAAAUAACAGAUUACGUGCGUUCUAAGGGGCGGAGUAUCAAACAAUUCUACGUCGAUAAUGUUAAAAACCCAAUAGUGUCUUAUCUCACCCCGAAUAAUCAGACGGAGGAAGAUAUCACAGAACGGCCGGAACGGAUGAAACGUAAAUUCAAUGAUUACGUUGAAGAUGCUCAAGCGCAGGAUAAGAAGCUUUUCGAUGUUAUCGCGCCGGAAAGUAUACAAUAUGACUGCAACGACAAUGAUCCCAGUAUACACAUGACAACGCCGCAACUCAUAGCGUCCCAUGGAUAUACUUCUGAAUCGCAUACAAUUGUUACCAGCGACGGUUACAUACUAACAGUGCACCGCAUACCUCAUUCCAAAAAUUCGACAACUAAAACGAGCCCACGAAAAACUGUGUUACUCCACCACGGUCUACUUGGCAGUUCGGCAGAUUGGAUCAUUCCUGGGCCGCAAAAAGGUUUGGCAUACAUUUUAUCCGAAGCGGGCUACGAUGUUUGGUUGGCGAACGUUAGGGGCAAUACGUAUUCAAGAGCUCAUGUAUCUUUAAACUCUGAUACAUUCGAAUUCUGGAAUUUCACAUUUCAUGAAGUCAGUCAACAUGAUUUGCCAGCGGUUAUCGAUUACAUUAUGGAGAAAAAAGGGUGGGAUUCUAAAAUAAAUUACAUAGGGCACUCUAUGGGUACAACAAUAUUAUUUGCUAUGUUAUCUACUAAAACCCAUUAUAAUAAAGUUUUGAGAGCGGGUUUCGCAUUGGCUCCAGUCGCUUAUAUGACACAUAUAGAGAGUCCCAUAAGACUUUUAGCAAAGUAUAGCAAUAAUUUGGAAUACCUUCUCAAACUACUUGGAGCUAAUGAAUUCUUACCACAAAAUGCUGUGCUGAGGUGGCUGUCAAAACACGCAUGUGAAAUAAAUAAAUUCGAGGAGGCUAUUUGUGAAAACUCUAUGUUCGUCCUUUGUGGUCACGAUCAACGGCAAUUUAAUAAGACUCUUCUGCCUAUCAUGUUAAGUCAUGUUCCUGCUGGCGCUUCAACAAAAACCUUAGUUCAUUAUGCACAAGAGAUUAAAAACGCAGGAAGAUUUCAGCAAUUUGAUUAUGGGCCCGAAGGAAAUUUUAGGCAGUAUGGAAAUAUUUCACCUCCGCAGUAUCCUAUACACAAAAUAACUCUACCAAUAGCUCUAUUAAGUUCUGAGAACGAUUGGCUCGCCAGUGAUGUAGACGUUACCAAUUUAUACGUACAGUUACCUAAUCCCAUAGAGCACUAUAUAGUACCACUGAAAGAGUUCAAUCACAUCGACUUUCUUUGGGCUAUCGAUGCACCCACCCUAGUAUAUGCUAAGCUUUUAGAAUUGCUUGAAGAAGGGACUAGUGAUUCAAAUUUGAUAAACGACAUUGAUAUAGGAUUACCAAUUGUAAACGAUUUAAUAUAAAUAGUUUUAUGAACACGGCCGUGAGCCUUACAUGAUAAAAAAGGGACAUGAAAAAGCUCACAUUAUUAUUUUAAUUAUUCCUGCAUUUAAAUUCUGUCGUUGUCAGAGUAUGCUCCAGAUUUAAGAAUUACGUAAAGUUGUUGCUAGAUUAAUUAAUUGUUAUUUAUGUUAUUUUGCCCAAUGUGAAUCAUGAAUUGAUAAUGACCAGUGACUCAUUAUUUACUGAAGUUGAACUAUAAACUUGUUUACUAUAUUCAAUGUUGAUAAAAUCAUGAUACAGUAUAGAAAUUAGUAUAAUAAAUAUCUAGUGUGUUUUCUAACAACAUUCUCAUAAGAAUCCGUCAUCAUAGACGUGAGUGAUUAGUAUUUUUACACUCGAAAAUAAUAUGAGGCUCACAAAAUUUGAUUUGAGGAUAUCACGAUGAUAUAUUUUCGAUGUAAAAGAUCAAGUGGUUAUUAUAACGUAGACGAUCCUUGCAUUCUAAAAUAUUCAUAAUAUUUACAUAUGUAAAUAGUUGAUUUAACCUAUAAAAAAUUUAGUGUCAAAUUUAAAUUUAUUUUAACAGAAAUUUCACAUCAUUUAUUUAAUAAUGAAGUUCUAUGUGAAACAAAGUAGCUAGCUACUAAACGAUUUAGAAAUAAAUGGAAAUGGUAUUUUAAGAGGUCCAAAAGAUAAUAUUAUCGCUCCUUCCGUUAAUUACUGGCGCUUGUUAAAAUGAUUAACUUUAGGUACUUAUGCAGGUAAGUAUUACCAAAAUGUACAUAUUUUAGAUAUACGAAAAAAAUAAA